AUGCAAGCAUGGAUAGCGCUUGCUAGUCCAAGGUCAAGACAUGUGUUGUCCAGGAUCUCUGAUUACAACAACAAUCAACAAGUGACAAAGUACCAGCUGAUUGGAUCAGAGCAGGCGAGGAAGUACAAGACCGGGAAUGUGCUGAGCUUGGGAAUGUGUCUUGCCUUGAAGGAGAAUGACAUGCGUCUCGGGACAUACUUCAAGGAUCUCAUUCAAGACCCAGAGAAAGAUAUAUACUGUGUUGGGACAUGCCAACAAGCUUUCUCCGAAGUCAACAUGCAGAGAGGAGAGUACAUAUACUUUGAGUUCUGCAAAGACCCAGAGAAGCUCUUCCAUGUCAUCUACCAUAUGUCCGUAGCAUUCAGUGUCAAAGCUGACAUGUUAGGAAAGGAUACCAGGAUUGUAGCCAUGGGAAUAUUCUUCAAUGGCACUCGAGAGCAGUUUGACGAUGCUGGUCGCGUAGCGACCCAGUUCUUUACUGAUGCACGUGAUGGUGGCCUGAUGAUUUGUGACUCGGCAGAGAUACCUGUGUACCUGUGCUAUGUUCCAUAUGUAGAGCCAAAAGCUCCACGUACUGCACGAGAGGCGAAGAAAGUACCAUCAUCAACCCAGACAGCCAGGCGACAAAGAAGCAAGAACAAACCAACAGGCUCAAACAGGGAUGAGCUCGACUCCAAGGGGAGCUUCAAAUUCAAUGUGAUGCUCAGCCUUCUUUUCGUCAUGUCCUCGGCCUACUCUGCGAGAGAGGAAAUGGAGGCGACCAGGAGAGCUUCACGGGAGGAGGAGCUUGUGAUGCAGUGGAUAGUUCCAACACAUGGGGAACUCGUAGCUCAAGGCGGGAUCGAUAAAGUUCUCAAGGAAGCUGACACGAGGACGUUGCUGGAUCAGAUCAAGUCGCAUGAAGAAAACGUGGACCAUUUCACUCAGCACAAGAUCAAUGUCAAGACCUUCAUGUUCACUUUGAAGAAGAAGCUGAUACCGCACAACAGCGACCCAGUCAAAGGCAUUCCCGACGAUCAAAGAGCUCUCCAUAUUGUAGGUGUCGUGGUUAUGCUCGAGUGA